CUAAGAAGACAUUUGGUUACCUAAUAAUAUGCCAGUUAAAAAAAUUUAGAAUAUUUUUAAAAUAAAAAAUUAUUUGGCUAAUAUUAAAAUAAAUAAAAUAACACAAAAUGGGUAACGCUUUUGCGUUGUAUGCAAAACCAGAUGUUACACCACACCCGUUGAAAGAACCUUCAUUUGAUCCACUAUAUGGGUUCCCAAAUGGAAGAAAAGAACGUGUAAUGGUUGCAACAGAAGCAGAAAUGCAAUCUGCAAAACUACCAUUAGCCGAUCGUGAUUAUUGUGCACAUAAAUUAUUAAAAUAUCGUGCCUGCCGAGCAGAUGUAUUUCCAUUUUUAUUUAAAUGUCAUCAUGAACGACACGAAUACCUUAAUUGUGAAUAUGAAGAUUACGUUUUACGUAUGAAAGAAUAUGAACGAGAACGUAGGUUAUUGCAAAGAAAAGCAGAUAGAGAAAAGUCGGGCAAAGGUGAUGAAUAGGAGUAACGGUUAGCAAUAUUUCCAUUCAUUUAUGUAGAAAAUUUUUAAAUUGUACAAUGAAUUGAAAAUAAACAUUGGUUCAUGGUAAAACUAAAUCAAA